UCAUAAGUGCGUAUGUAUAUCUUUCAUGUUACAAUGAUAGUGGAUAAAACAUUAAUUUAUUGCAGCUAAUUAUUGUAACGAAACAUACAGUUGCUUAGAAUUUGUAGUAUAUCUCAUUAUACAGAAUAUCUAAGAUAAAAGUAGUAUCAUGUUUCUUAAACUAUUGUUAAGCAGCAGUUUAACUAUCAUCGUCGCGGCGGCUUUUUUAACCGACGAUCAGAUAAUUAAAAUAUCUCAAGAAGAGUUAAACAGACAUUCAAAUGAUAUAUUACCGCAUCUUUAUGAUAUGAUCGUUACACAUAUCGAAGAAAAUAUUCUUGUCUGCAACUGCAUUAUACGUACAGAGAUUAAACAUCCAACAUCAAGCAUAUUAUUGUAUUCUAGUUUACACGUAAAAAAUAUUAAUCUAAGUGUGUUUUAUUCUUCAUAUUUUAUGAAUGAUACUCAAGAAGAGAUCAUUUAUGCAUCGGUAAAAUCUAUGUAUGAUGUUGAGAAAAACAUUGUCAAAUAUAUAUUCCCUAAUGAUGUAUUGCCAGGGUAUUACAACGUAAAAUUAGUUUAUAAUAUAACUGAAGAUACAGGCCUAAAAAGCUUUUAUAAAAGAGAUGAGCGACAAUGGUAUGUUGAUCAUAUUGGGAUCCAACACAUGAUUCCGUCUUUGCCCGAAUCUUUAAGUGGAAUACCCUUUAAGCCCAUCUACAAUAUUAUUAUCGAACAUUAUCAAAACUAUACAGUUUUAUUAAAUCCACUGAUACAAACAAUAGAAAGGAAUGAUAAAAACAUGACGAAGACAUAUUUUCAUACAUUUAUAAAGCCUAGUUAUCUACUAUUUAUCAAUCGAAUUAAUUUAUCUUUUAUGCCUGGUACAAAUGAAAGUGUCAGAGUUAAUAUGUGGUGUAGAAUGCAUUGCGAAUUUGCACACCAAUUUGCUGGAAAUAUAACAACGUACUUGUUCGAUAAAUGGAAACGUUUGAAUCAAACUUUGGAAAUAAAUCAUAUUGCACUUCCAGAUUUUCAAAACGAAAGCAUUAUAAAUUUGGGACUUAUUCUUUACAGAGAAGCAGAUAUUAUCUACAAUGACAAUGUAGAUUCUGUUGCGACUAAAAUCAAAGUUGCCCGCUUUAUGGCUCAUAAAAUAAUACAGGAAUGUUCUUAUUAUGAAAAUCCACUUUGGUCGUUAUCCUCUUUGUUAAAUGAGGCUAUUGUCGCAUUUCUUGGAUUAUAUGUCACCAAUCAGGCUCUCCCAAGGACCCAGAUGAUGAACUUGUUUGUGGUACAAAUUCAACAGGAAUCUCUUCAUUUCGAUACUGAAUAUAAUACAUCACUUUAUAAUACACCAUUCAAUAUUUCUUUUGAACAUUACAGUUUUAUUAAAGUAUCCAGUAUAUUGCGUAAAUUUCAAAGAAUGGUUACUACAGAGAUAUUUUGGCAGAGUAUCCGUAUAUAUGUAAAGGACAACAAACCAACUUUUAACUAUUUUGGUGAAAUUGUGAAGAACCUUUCGUCCAUUCAAAUAUCUACAGGCAAUUUAUCUACUAUAAGCCAGCUAAUUAUUUCUCUACCAAAACAAAAAUAUUGUGAUGUUAAGUCAGUGAAAUUAGAACGAGAUUAUAAUCAAUCUAUCAGACAGUUAAAAGUAACGAUAUACAGUAAUUAUUACAUACCUGAAUCGUUUCAUAUAAAGUUCGGUAACAUUGUAAUACAUAAUACAGAACAAUCUAAUUAUUAUCGAGUCAAUUACGAAAUCGAGAACUGGCAAAGAAUUGCAGAAUUUCUACAUGUUUCUAAUUAUAAGAGAAUACAUGUUUUGAAUCGUGCUCAAAUUAUCGAUGACGCUUUCCACUUAAUGAUAACAAACCAACUUAAUUCCACUGUAUUCUGGAAUAUUACGAAAUAUCUAUCACGAGAAACAGACUACAUCGCAUGGUAUCCUAUGUUCAAAGCUUUAGAAUAUCUGUCCAAUAUCUUUCUAUUUCGGGAACAAAUAUAUUUAAAUAUCAAGGGAAAAAUGCUAUACUUGCUAAACAUUUUGCUUGAUAAACUUAAAUACGAUGAAGUUUCUAAUGAACACGAUCUUAAAAAGAGUUUGAGAAUGGAGGCUGCGAAAUGGGCAUGUAAUCUUGAUGAUCGCAUAUGCAUAAAAGCAGCCCAGAAUAAUUUAAAUCGACAUCUCGCAGAUCCCGAAAAGAACACACUUUUGCCAUGGUGGAAAGAAUGGACAUACUGUCAAGGUUUAAAAUUAUUGAACUAUUCUCUUAGCAAUUCUCUUAACGAAGAUUCUCAUUUGUGUAGAGUAUAUCGUCUGGAAAAAGAAAAAUUUGAAACUAAAAUUUUAAAAUAUCUGUCUUGUCCUGAGGAUUCACAAUUUAUCAAAGCCGCUUUAAAUCCAAUAAAAAAUGAUAGUAUAACAUCGAUUAUGUUUUUAGAAGAUUUUUCCGAUAAAGAUUAUAUUAAUUACUUUCUUUUUACUAUCGCGAAGCAUGCAAGGAAUCCUGUAGUACUCGACAUCAUAUUAGAAAAACUUGAGAACAUAAGACCCAGACAAGUCAGCGAGCAUGUAACAUUUACUGUUAUUAUUAAUCAUGUGUAUUCUGUGGAACAAUUGAUAAAGAUAAGCAAAUUAGCAGAAAGCUACAGACAUAUGACAAAUUUACCAAUAUAUAUCUAUAUAUCCCAACAUAUUUCAAAUAUUCAAAACAAGAUACGAAGGCGCAUUUUCGAAAUCAAAUGUCAACAGAAUUAUUUUCAGAAUUUUGUAGAAUAUCAAUAAUUUCCGUUUAAUGAAAGUAACAAUUAUGACGCAAACACAUCUAUAUAUCUUUCUU